AUGUUAUGGUUGUCUAAAUGCAUGUUUGGUGUUUUGUUUUCUCCCUUCUCCCUCCCUCUUCCCCCUCCCUCCCUCCCCCUCCCCCUCUUCUUUUUCCUUUCACCUCUUGACUUCUCUAAUUUAGGAGACUCAGGUUCGGUAGGAAUACUUGUAACUCCUUUUCAGUGGAUUUUUUUGGGCUGCUCAUACGAAUUAUUGAAAUUUAAAAGUAUAUAAGGCCAACUGGACAAGCAACUGUAAACUUCAGAUUAGUCUGUAAUUUACAUAAAAGCACCAGUAUAAUUUCGCAGCUAAAAGGCUGUCAUUUGAGAAACCAUAGGAGUGUUGUUGAGCAA